AUGCUCGUCCCAAAUGACUCAGAUCUAUGUCGGAUGGCCCGUACCUGUCGGUAUUUUGCCCAGGUCAUUAUCCCACCCAAUUCUGGUGUUUGGAGGGCACGUUUUCUAGACAAAUAUGACCAUCCGCCUCCAGAUAAGUCUUCAGAAGAGGUUAGGAUAGAAUACAAAGUGCGCAGUAUUAUUCUGGCUCAGACACCUUCUUUUCAAACCGAGGAAGGAAUGAAGGAGAAACUGUGGCUGAGUGUUUUGACUACGUUACUUGUUGAAUCCCCCUAUACCUGGCCACACCAGCAAGUUCAUGACAAAUGUGUUUCUCGAAAUCACGCUCGAAUCAAAGGCGCUAUUAUGAGCUCUGGUAUCCUCAAUCAUCCCAUAAUUGGCGAUCGCUUGAGUAGGUCAUAUCUUGCCAUCCAACUGGCCGCGACAUAUCUAGCUCUAGACCUUCGGCUUUCCUUCCGCUCGUUGCGAACAGACUAUGAUUUGAGGAUUGUAUAUGCAUGCGACUCGUCGAUAACAGCCCCGCCUAUUACUGCCUCUGAUGAUGGCGAAUCCAUUGACCUAUACCAGGUUCUACAUAUUCGAAAUUUCUGGAAACGGCACCUCACGAAUCCAGAUGAGGAUACGUUUUAUAGGACGUAUCAUAACCUGCCGGAAAUUCUGAGGCCGAAGACUUGGGAGGAGGGUCUUGGGAAUAGGGAGAGCCUGGCAUGCAUUCAUCCCCUUCCAACGACAUUCGAGGACUUGCAGGAGCGGCAGACCUGCGCAGAUUUAGCGAGUCACUGGGAUAGUACUUGUGCACUGCUACUUGAAAUCUCCACAACCACGACGAACGUGUGGUUCCCCAUCUUCAACGAAGCCUAUCCCAUAAACCCUUACAUCGAAUCCCCAUCCCGUACGUACUUCCGCGGUACCCAAUCCCUCGAUGGCCACCACCAUCACUACCAUGCCAAUGGCAACACCAAUGUCAACAACAACAACGACGACGACGAAAACCCUCGCUCCCACCCUAUCCGGGGUUUCACAGAAACCUGCCCAGCCCAGGCUGGCAUCCCUGGCUGGCGUCGAAUAUGCUUUAUCAUCUAUGAAAUUAACCCGGAAUUUUUUGUCUCUGCAGUUGAUGGCAAUGGCAAUGGAAACGGAUUUACCAGUGGUAAUGAAGGGGAGAGUGAGGAGGAAGAGUGGUUGCCGUGGAGCUGGACUACGGUGGAUUUCCUUUGGGCCUUUGGGUAUGAGGGCGUGAUUCUACCUGGGGGAGGUAUUAUGAUGGGUAGGUGGAGGAAUAUGAUGGCGGAGGCGGAGGUGGAGGAGGGACCGUUUAUUUUUUGGACGGUUUGA